AUGGCGGAUUGGGUACCGGUGGUGAUAGCGGUGGUGCUGUUUGUGGUUUUAGGUCCUGGAUUGUUGUUUCAGUUGCCGGGGAGGAACAGAGUGGUGGAGUUUGGGAACAUGCAAACUAGUGGGGUUUCCAUCCUCGUUCACGCUAUAAUCUUCUUUGGUCUCAUGACUACCUUCCUCGUCGCCAUUGGUGUUCACAUCUACACUGGGUAG